AUGGCGAACGAAAGACAAUUCAACACGCUCUUUACCAUCCACGCAUGUCAAGCGGCCUUUAUACACGAUCCGGCCAAUGCGCAGUUUCGCGUAUCCGAAGAUGUAUAUGAUGUACGCGAAAGUCCAUCGCCAGGCGCGGACUCCAGAGAAUGCACACCGUUGUCACCCACCCUGCAGGAGUCUCAUCUUUGCAUCACUACAGAUUUUCUACCUCGUGAUCCCCAAGCUGGGUUUGUCUUCGGGAGCAACCCGGACAGCUGCGACAUCAUACUCGCCCGAAGGUCAGAUCAAGGAAUCAGUAAGAGACAGUUUGCAAUUUUCUUCAUAUGGGAACAUCGGGCCAUUAUCCUAAAAAAUCUCGCUGGGAGGGGCACCAAGUUGACGGUGCGCUCACUGGAUCCUCCAUGUACAGAGCGUGUCAAGUCACAAAGACACUUGCCUGAGGGGUUUGAGCACACAGUCUCGCUUCCCUGGUGUGAGCUGAAGAUCACGGUACCGAGGCAUGAAAAUGACCGAGAGAGAUUUUCUGCACACUGGCUGGCGUUUCAAGAGGCCAGCACUGGGCACGUCCCAGGACUUGAUCUUGCGGAGCUCAGCUCCAUUGCGCCAACAAGCGUCUGUUCGUCUUCUACAUGUACUUAUCAAGUCGGCGCAACGCUGGGAGAGGGUGCAGCCACGUUCCUUGCUGCCGACGAGGGGAAGAAGGUGUAUGCCGUGAAGGCCUUCUCGCGUCCUAGCACAGAUUGCGGAGUGGUCAAGCUGUUGCGGGUGGCCUCUAACCAUAAAUACCUUGUUCGCAUCCACGAUGUGCUCUACGACACGCCAUACUCUCUCGUGAUGGACCUCGUAUGGGGCUGCAACCUAGAGGAGUCCACCAAGGCCAAACCCAUUAACGCCCCCGACGCGCAACUCUGCUUGAAGCAGCUCCUCCUCGCGGCCGAAACCUUACACUCCGCUGGUUUAGUCCAUCGAGAUAUUAGGCCUACCAAUAUUAUGGUUGCCUGCCGGGAGCCCAUCCAUAUCAAGUUGGCAGGCUUCGGGCGAGCGGCUUACAGUAGUGCGCGAAGGAGUCGUGGUGGCUACACACCAUACUCCCUGCCCAAGUCCGAGGAGGCCAGUUCCGCAGGGAUUGGUGGUGUGGACAUCUGGGCCAUCGGCAUCAUAGGUCUGGAAUGUCUAGGGGGAUACUGCCCGGGUACCGUCGUGCGCAACUACGUGGCGCGUCUGGCUAAACGAGGCACCUCAGCAUUCGAGUCUUUUGUAUGCACUCUAUUGCUCAAGAUGCCCUCCGCCACAGAUUGCCUGAGCCACGAAUUUUUCGCGAUACAGGUCGGACGUGCAUUUCCUAUCAGGGGACAGUUCUGGAGCAAAGAAGAGCCGAUCCCAAUUCGCCAAAGACCCAGCGGCAGGAUCUCCGUCCCCAAACCGCCCAGGAAGCAGAUUAUAGCUCCCGCAACGCUGCGACUGGAUGGCCAGACGGCUCUGGAGGUGCAACACACAUUAGUGCCAAGUGACAGUGUCAACAUCGAUCAUGCUGUAGGAAGCGAGGUUGCGAAUCCCAGAUUGAGCAAAAGAUGCAGGGCAGAUUCGAGCUUCGAGCGACCACCAGUACAAACUCAACAAUGGUGCGAUGGCUCGGGCAGGAGAAUCAACGGGUCGGCGAAGCGGCUGCGCGAGCAUGAUUCAGGCAAAGCCAGCGCUGACGGAGCCUGCAAACGUCCUUGUGUAGAGAAAGCACCAGAUCAGCCGGUAGAAGCCGCUCUUUUCAAGUCUGGAGGCAUGUGGACUCUGUCGAUUGGCCCAAGUCGCAUGCCCAUGUCUAUAUCUGACUACUACGUCGAGUGCCUCGCGAUAUGCAAUUUUGCCGCCCUAGAUAACGAUUCGAAAGCAUUAAAGUUGCAAACACUCGAUAAUGUGCGGCGCAGGCGAAUGAUGGGCGAGGAAGAAUAUUGGGUGCCGCUUCAACAAGCUGUCGGAUUUUGCAAGGAUCUAGGUGUGCUUGAGUCUCUAUGGCCACUUUUCAUGUUGGCACCUCACGAUGUGCAAAGAGGAGCGUGUCUCUUGGUCGAGCCUCGUAGUGGCGACUGA